AUGUCGUUUAGGCUCAGCCGAGCGAUGCGCUAUGGUGCCGCGGCGGCGGGCGUUGUGGGGGCCGGCACAGCCGCCAUUGUCCUGCCGCCGAAGGAAACGAUCCCGCCGGCGCUGUUGCCGUCGCGUGUCCUGCUAGAGGGCUUCGGUCGUGUGGGGCGCUGUAUUUACACGGGUGGGCUGAUCUACUGGGACUACACCUUCCACGUGACACAGCAAGACCGGCAGGAGCGGUGGAACGAGGUGCACCGUCGGUGCGCGCAGCGGCUGGUCGAUCUGGCGGAGAGUAACGGUGGGCUGUACGUGAAGGCGGGUCAAAUCUUCGCGAAUAUGGGCCACGUGCUGCCUUACCAGUACUGCCAGGUGAUGUCUGUGCUGCAGGAUGCGGUGGUGAAGCGCCCCUACGCGGAGGUCGUAGCGGUCCUGGAGAAGGACUUGGGGCGUCCUCUCAGCGAAGUUUUCUCAUACGUCGACUCGACCCCGCUCGCAGCGGCGUCGCUGGCGCAGGUGCACCGUGGCCGUCUGCGCGACGAGAACACGGAGGUGGCGAUCAAGGUACAGUACCUCGAUGUUGCUCAGCGGUUUAAUGGCGACAUGCGCACCAUCUCCCUCAUGUUUGCGGCGGCCAGCUACUUCUUUCCUGGUUAUGACUUUGGGCAGAUCAUCACGAAGCUGAACGACACCGUUGCCGCGGAGCUCGACUUCCGGAUUGAGGGCCGCAAUAGCGACCGCGCUGCGGCGGACCUGCAGGCCUACGGGUGGGGUGAGCGGGUCGUGUGCCCACGAAUAUUUUGGAACCACUCCAGCAAGCGAGUGCUUGUGUCGAAGUUCAUCCCGAACGCAGUGAAGAUCUCCGACCGCGCCGGUAUCGCGUCUAAGGGCCUUAGCGUGAAGGAGGUCGCGACGACGUUUUUCGAUGUCAUCGCCUUUCAGAUUUUUUGCACUGGCUUCUUCCACGGCGACCCACACGCCGGAAACAUCCUCGUACACAAGCUGCCGAGCGGGAAGCCCCAGGUGGUGCUGCUUGACUUUGGUCUGUGUGCGGAGCUGGACGCGGCGCAGCGCCGCGAGAUAAGCGACAUCUGGACGGCCUCCAUCACCCACGACACUCCCAAAAUCACCGAAAUCGCACACCGUUACCACUGCGACGACUACGGGCUGUUCGCCUCCUGCUUUCUGCAGCACCCGUACGACUACUCAGCGAACAGCGCCAGUAACCGGCUGAGGAGUUCGGACGCGUUGGUGUUAAUGCGGGAGACAGCUAAGCACCGCAUGGCGGAGCUGAACAAUAUCGUCGCAGCGCUGCCGAAGGAGUACGCCCUCGUGUUGCGCAGCAUCAUGGCCACCAAGGCCAUCAACCGUGAGCUCGGCGAGGCGGCGAACCGGCCGAUGUGCAUGCUGCGCUACUCCCUCAAGACCUCUCGCGAGGACUUGCCCAAGCUUCAGCUUAUGGCGCUGAUGGCCAAGGCGUGGUUUGAGGAGUGGUACUCGUCGAUCGCGCUGCGCUUGGCACUGUGGAGGCACCCGGAGUUGUCUGAGGUGUUGGCGAACUCCCUGCAGCUGAGCGGCUAG